CGACAGCUCCUAGAGGAUAUCAUCGUCUGGGAGAUCCUGACGCGCCUGCCGGUCAAGCCCCUGCUCCGGUGCCGCGCCGUGUGCCGAUCCUGGCGCCGCCUCCUCACCUCGGACCCGAAAUUCCUCCUCGCGCACCACCGCCGCCAGCCCUCGCUUCAGCUUGUCAGCACCGGGGACGCCGUAGAGAGCGGUCUCGACGCCCUAGACCACCGCGCGGGCGAGCGCCGCCCCGUCGCCCGGACGGACCGGGCUGUCACCGCCGAAGACCUCGAAGUGGUCGCCGCCUGCGACGGCCUCCUCAUCUUCUGCGCCUACAACGGCCUACACAUCUGCAACCCGUCGACCCGCCAGCGCGCGCCGCUGCCGCUGCUCAACGGCACCCGCGUCUCGGCCCUCUUCCCUCACUGCCCGUCCGGGUCGUACCGGGUGCUGUGCUGGGUACAGAGACCAACCGAGGCCGAAGACAGCCGUGCGGUCUACUACGUGCACACCGUGGGAUCCGCCGAGGUCAGAUGCGUAGGAGAGCCCCCCGAGCCAUGGCCGACAGGGGAUAUCGCCCAAAUGAUGCCGAUGCUGGAGUUCUUCCACCCGCAUGUCCUCGUCCAGGGCAAGGUUCACUGGAAACCGGUGAAGUUGCCUGGCCGCAAACACGACAACAUGCUGGUUUUCGACACGGUGGCCGAGUGCUUCCAGCAUAUCAGUACCCCGGUCGAGGGUCCCUGGGCUGAGCCAUAAUUCGAGAUGAAUGGCACGCUUGGGUUGUACCAAUACAAUGAUCUCCGCACAGCUGAUCUCUGGGUGCUACUGGACUAUGAGAACCAGGUCUGGUCGUUCAAGUACAGAAUCGAAUUGCAGAUGCCCAUCAUUUUUCUGGUGCCAGACACAGAGGGAGAUGUGCUGGUUACUUCAGGAGGCAGGGGCGUGCAAUCGCUGUGUCUGCAAUAUGUGUCUGCUUCUAAUAGCAGCGUGUUGACCCGGUAUCAAUGGAACAUUCGUCUAAAGCUUAAGAGGCUCAGGUUCAAAGAAAGCCUUGUCCGGCAUGCCUUUUUCCCGACAGAAGGUAAUGGUGGUGUAGAUGAACUACCAUUGUUUGAUGGGUUGUCAACUGCAGCGGUGCUUCGUGAUGAUGAUGGUUCUGAGCUGCAUUGAGGAAAAUGUAGUAAUCCACUCCGGCCAGGUCAAUUAUUGCAUCGUAACAAGAGUGGUCAGGCUUCUACUAGUUGAUGGUUUUUGCUUUCUGGUUAUGUCCAAGUUGUGUUGCGCAUCAAGCAGAAACCCCCAAGUCUCUGGUGUGCUCUUCUUUUUUUUUAGUGAUUUGGUAUUGGUAUGGUGGGAAUGCGAAAUAAGUGUCAAUUUGUGCCUUUUAGCUUUAA